UCCCCUCCAAUGACACAGAGGAGCAGAAAGCUGUGCACGUGAUCCUGGGAAGAGCACUUCCCUCCCUGUGAUGUCACAGAGUAUAGAGGGAAGCAGAGAGGAGCACCUCUGGGGUGAUGGGACUCAUACAGACAGAUGCUCUCCCCUCACACACACACACAUGAAUGGGCCAACCCUCCUCCUCCUCUUCCUGGAGCCCAGCAUGAGCCGCCUGUGAUCUAGUAGUGCCCGGAUCACCGCUCUCCCCACCCCUAGCUCUCACACUCUCACAGGGAUGGUGGUAGUCUCGGGACAGUUAGAAGACACAGGGACCCCGGAUGAUGCCAUGUCGAGCUCUGAUGCUGACGAUGAGCUGAUCGAGCCAUCUACGCCCACCCCGAGCAACGCCACCUUCUCCCUGCACGGCAAGGUGCACCCGCUGCAGCUUCCUGAAGUGAUUCCUCUUAACGUAGGAGGCAUGUGUUUCACCACCAGACUGUCAACGCUUAACAGAUAUGAGGACACCAUGCUGGCAGCCAUGUUCAGUGGGCGACAUCACAUUCCGACAGAUUCUGAGGGUCGAUACUUCAUUGAUAGGGAUGGAACUUAUUUUGGUGACAUCCUGAAUUUCUUACGGUGCGGAGAACUUCCUCCUCGAGAACGUGUGAAAAUGGUGUACAAGGAAGCCCAGUACUAUUCAGUUGGGCCCCUGCUUGACCUCUUGGACAAAAUGCAACCACUUACUGGAGAGAAAGUCAGGCAAGCAUUUCUUGACUUGAUGCCUUACUACAAAGAUCACUUGGAGCGCAUCAUUGAAAUUGGAAAGCUGCGUGCUAUCCAGAGAAAGGCACGAUUUGCUAAGCUGAAGGUCUGUGUCUUCAAGGAAGAGAUGCCUAUUACCCCUUAUGAGUGCCCUCAAUUUAAUACACUACGAUUUGAGAGGAGUGAGAAUGAGCACUUUGAGCACCACUGCGAGGUAGAUGUGUCUUUUGGUCCUUGGGAAGCAGUGGCAGAUGUAUAUGAUCUUCUGCACUGUAUAGUUAGUGACCUGUCUGAGAGGGGCAUCACCGUCGAACACCAAUGCAUUGGAGUGUGUGACAAGCACCUUGUUAAUCACUAUUACUGCAAACGUCCAAUCUAUGAAUUCAAGAUCACUUGGUGGUGAGAUGCUGCAAUUAUGGCGUGAAGACCAAACUGCACCUUGGACCAAAUAACUUUUGAAAUGCACUGCAAGUGUGACUCACAGACUGUUAACCAUGUAUACCAAUAUUUAAAGUGUACUAAAAACUCCAUACAGUACAAGAGCUGUAGUGAUGCCUUCUCCAGAGUUAGAGCCGGUUCACACAGGGGCGACUUGGGAUCCGACUUGAAGUUGCCCCAAGUCGCGCUCUUGAGAAAAUCA